AUGAUCGUUGAUUUUAUUCCAGAAAUAGAUCAAAUCAUGAACGAUCAGAAUUGUCAAUACGAUCAAUUGUACGGAGGAUACGCGAGCGCUGCUCAAGGAUCACGGGUUCUAUCGACAACAGGUACCACAGAAAUCACCACGUUAACACCGUUCGCCGCUCCACAACCAACUACCGACUACGCUGUGGGUUACGAUCUUUACAGAUACAGUACGUAUUAUCCACCAUAUACCGGGCAAACAACAACAUCGUCAACGUUCUAUCCGGAGCUGACCACGUUUUCCGUGCCACGAACCGGCGAUUUCACGAACAGCACCGAACAAAAAGAUCCAACAACAGGAAUUAAAAUUGAGAAAGAUGGUACCGUGCCAAUUUCGGAUACACUUCUUCAUGCCUCAUCGACAAUGUCCGGCGAUGAUGUCACAAUGGAGACCACUGAUCCAAAUAAUCCACCAAGGAGAAGCAAAUUGGAUCGCAGGAAAGCGGCUACGAUGAGGGAACGACGACGAUUACGUAAAGUGAAUGAGGCAUUUGAAAUUGUUAAACAGAGGACAUGUCCGAAUCCGAAUCAAAGGCUACCGAAGGUUGAAAUUUUACGUUCCGCUAUCGAAUACAUUACUAAAUUAGAAACAAUGUUACAUGCAGAAGGAAAGAUGACAAAAAUUAUGGCACAAAAUCAGAUGGCAAUGCACGGUCACAGUGGUGGUGAAUAUCUGCCAUCUACGUCGGGACAAUUUCCGGCAACAUUUGAUGGUUUUGAAGAUGACGAUGUAUCUGAUUCUGACGAUGUCGACAGUCCACAGCCUACCGGUGAGGAAGCCAACGGACGGUCGGAAGCGGACGUCGUUGGAUCGUCUAUCGCGCAUAGUGGCAAACAUUGCGGGCGAGGAAGGGGUCGUGGCCGUACCAACGGAAGGUUGUUGCUGAUGCGACUACACAUCUUCAUAUUGGCAGCUACCUAUACUUGCGGCGUUUCAUGGGUAGUAAAAGAAAUGUGUCCAAAAUUCCAACAACUGAUAAGCGAUGUGAAGGUUCGAGGUUACUGCUUCAAGAUACAACUUGUUUUUUCCGUGGAAGAUAUACCACUCUGUGGUUAUGAUAUAAAUGUUCAUCAAGAGGAGUUCUUUGUUGCAAGGAAUAAGCCCAAUCGAUGUUCACCUUACAAAGAUAGAACGCUGUAUUGCUUUUGCUCAUCAUACUUUGAAGAUUGUGCACGUUAUGUGUGGUCGCUGCUACCAUCGAAGUGGAGAAAGGGAUGCCUAUCUAUCAUAUUUAUUCACGAAUUAUACGAACGAGCACAACGACAACCACAAAGAGCAGUACUUAUUCCGCGUCCACUGGAAUACUCUACUAGUACAAAAGGAAGAACGAAGGGUCUCGGAAAAGGUAUCAUCGGCGAACUAUCGUCCAAGGAACGAGUUCUUCGAGACAAAAGAAAGAAACUUCUGAAGCAUUCAUCGUUACUGUUGCUAAUACUAUCGUCAAUUAUGGUUCUUGCGCUAGUGCUUCAGCUAAUGGCUUUGAAAGAACUGAGAAAAAAAGUACUCUCACGCCACAGAAGCGGAGUUAUAAUGCCCGAUAAUAGAAGAGAAAAGAAAUCGACUCGUAAAGGAAGAAAGAAAAAUGUGAUACAUCACGAUGAAGAAGAGAAAAACAAACAGAAGGACUCGACAACCGAUAAUGAUGUGACGGAUCUGUACGCAAUUUCGCGGAUUGGAUUAAUGUUACAGUCAAGGAUAAAGUCUAAAGAGAAAUCAAGGGAAGGGGAGACGUUCUCCAAAGAUUCAAAAAAUACUUCAGAUAAAGCAAAAAAGAAAACUCGUGCUGCAAAAAGCGGUGAUUCAUAG